AUGAUUACAAAAUCCCUUUAGUCUUUGAAAUUAUAGGAAUCUCCAAUUCAGAAAAGCUAGGGUGAUCAAACCAAAAAAAAGAAGGUCAAUCGUGUUGUUUUUAAAACUGAAAUAGACGAGAAUAAUAACCUUUAAGUUGGUUUUCAAACAUAACGAAAGAGUUACGAUUGCGUUACUGUAGAGAACUAAAUCAAUAGUUACAAUUUGAUUUCUAGCAUGUUCGAAUUAGAAUCCAAAAACAUGGAUCUUUAUAUGGAUCUUAAGGAUAAAACUACUCAAAUUAAAUUAAUGCAAACAUAAAUUGAAUAAUAAAAAAUUCACCAUUAAUCAUAAAUUAGAGAAUUUAGCUUAGAAAAGUAGGAACUUCUCUUAAAAAUUUAGAAUCUUGAAAAAUAAUCUGAAUUGCAACAGAGAUAUAUUUAAUAACUACCUCAAUUUGAAGUUGAAGCUCAAGAAUGGAAAAUUAGAUUCCUCAAAUUGAAUAAAUAAUUCCAUCUAUAGUAGGAGACUUUGGUCAGAUUAGAAGCUGAAUAGUAGAGCAGUCAAAGAAGACGUAUUGAUGGAUUCAAUUAUUUUAAUUAAAUUAUAUGA